GGGAGAUAUAAAUAGGUGUGUUUGGGAGCUGAGUUGCCCACUGAACAUAAAGAGGGUUACUGGAGCCGCACAGCCUGGAGACAGAUUCUGUAAUUUCCUGGUUAAGCAAUCCUUCAAGGUGUGACAGAUGAACACAGAGACAGAGACUGGAGAUGAGUUUGACCAAUACGAAGAUGACAGGGAUGAGGAUGAGGCCACACAGUAUAUGAUCGAACAGAGCCUGCUCCAAUAUAGUAAACGCAAGGCGGCAAUUUCAAGUCACCUUGCAGGCCCUGGGGAUGACCCCGAUGAGAUCUUUAAAGCAGUAAAUGAAGGUGACGAGGAGGCCUUGAGGAAUCUGACAGAGCUUCCAGGGGUCAUGUCCAGAGUAGAUAAUAGAGGAUGGAUCCCUCUGCAUGAGGCUGCAGUGCAGGACAAUAAACUCAUCCUAGAGAUAGUGUUCUCAGCUUCUCCUCUGGGUGCCCUCCACUGCCGCACUUUGAAGGGGGAAACACCACUGUUUCUAGCUGUGGUGCAUGGCCUCAGGGCUAAUGCUACAUUCCUGCUGCAGAAUGGAUGCAAUCCAGACAUACAGGAUGAUGAGGACGAUUCUCCACUUGUGGCAGCUAUAAUUAAUGACCAGUAUGACCUGGCCACAUUGCUGCUUCGCUACAACGCCAAAGUCGACCCAAAAGGACCUUUGGGCCGAACCCCUCUUCACGAGGCUUCCUUGCUGGGUCUGGAGAACUUUGUGUAUUUGCUCCUGCAAUCCGGCGCUAACCCAAAUGUCUAUGAUACCAACAUGAAGAACCCGCUGGCCUUGGCUGCACAGGCUGGCCAUCUAAACGUAGUGGAAGUCUUGCUACAGAAAGGAGCACAUGUGGGGUAUCAGUCAGAGUUGGCUGGCUCAGUGCUGUUUGAUGCAGCUGCAUCAGGGAACCCUGACAUAAUUUCUUUGCUGCUGGACCAUGGGGCCGACCCUAACAUAGCACUGCACAGCGGGCACCUGCCUCUCCAUCGUGUGGCAUACCACGGCCACAUACUGGCUUUGGAGCAGCUGAUCCCGGUGACUAAAAUGGAGGUGGUGAAGGAGAGUGGGAUGAGUCCUCUUCACUCUGCGGCGGCUGGGGGGCAUGCUCAGUGUGUGGAGCUGCUUCUCCAGGCUGGCUAUGAUCCCAACUUCAUGCUCCACCCAAGGAUCCGACGAAACUACGAUGAUGAACGCAAGUCUGCGCUCUACUUUGCUGUUUCCAACAAUGACCUUCAGUGCACCCGUCUACUGCUGGAGGCUGAAGCUAUGGUCAACCAGGACCCUAUCAAUUGCCUUCAGGUGGCCCUGAGACAUGGCAACUAUGAGCUUAUCAACACCCUGUUGAGGUAUGGGGCCAAUGUCAACUACUACUCUGGUGUCAACACCACUCACUUCCCGUCUGCGCUGCAGUAUGCCCUGAAAGAUGAGGUCAUGCUGAGGAUGCUCCUCAACCACGGUUAUGAUGUGCAACGCUGCUUCGACUGUCCCUAUGGUGAAAGUUCCCAUGACUACGCGCCAUGGACGACCUCAGUCAUCAAAGACAUGGUGUUCUGUGAGGUGAUAACAGUGUACUGGCUCAAGCACAUCUCUGGACUGGUAGUGCGCAUCAUGCUGGACUACACUGACCAUGUCAUCUUGUGCACCAAGCUGAAGGACAUCCUGAAGCAGCAGAAACAGUGGCCAGAGAUCUGUGAAAUUCAAGAGAAUGCCCGCAGCCUGAAGCACCUGUGUCGUCUGCGCAUUCGAGCCUGCCUGCGCAACCUACGGCUGAGGGCUCCUGUUUUCAUCAGCUUCCUGCCUCUUCCAAACAGCCUGAAGGACUACCUGCGCUACAGGGAGUACGAUGUCUACAGCAGAGGCAGCAUGGUCAGCCCAUAACUUUCAACACUAUCACAGGUUGUUUGUGAAAAGACAUUGGCCGCGUUUCCCAGAUUCGUUAAGAA